AGGGCGGAAGAGAAGCGGUGCAGUUCCGGAGGCGGCCGCGGCCGCCGCCAUCUGUCACCUCGUCUCCGGCACCGGCAGCGGCUUGCCAGUGCCCUGGCCGUUCGUUUCCUCGGCGGAGCCCGCUCCUCGUCCUGCCAUCUCUCCGUCCUCGCGCCCGCCUCCUUCGCCGGAUGGAUCUGGUCGGAGUGUCUUCACCUGAGCCGGGGCCCGCAGCAGCCUGGGGAGCCAGUAAGUGCCCAUGGGCUACCCCUCCAAACACAGUGUCCUGCUCACUGACCGAGGUGAUGAGUGAAGAGUUGGCCAAAGAGCUGCAGCUGGAAGAAGAGGCGGCCGCUUUCCCUGAAGUCGUUGUUGCUGAAGGACCAUUCAUUUCUGGAGAGAAUGUGGACACUUCCAGUGACCUAAUGCUGGCUCAGAUGCUACAGAUGGAAUUUGACAGAGAAUAUGAUGCACAGCUUCGGCGUGAAGAAAAGAAGUUCAAUGGUGAUAGCAAAGUUUCCAUUUCAUUUGAAAACUAUCGAAAAGUACAUCCUUUUGAAGACAGUGACAGCUCUGAAGAUGAGGUUGACUGGCAGGACACUCGUGAUGACCCCUACAGACCAGCAAAGCCAAUUCCUACUCCAAAAAAGGGCUUUAUUGGAAAAGGAAAAGACAUCACCACUAAGCAUGAUGAAGUGGUAUGUGGGAGAAAGAACACAGCAAGAAUGGAAAAUUUUGCACCCGGCUUUCAGGUAGGAGAUGGAAUUGGAAUGGAUUUAAAGCUGUCCAACCACGUUUUCAAUGCUUUAAAACAACAUGCCUACUCAGAAGAGCGCCGAAGUGCCCGGCUCCAUGAGAAGAAGGAGCAUUCUACCGCGGAAAAAGCAGUUGAUCCUAAGACACGCUUACUUAUGUAUAAAAUGGUCAACUCUGGAAUGCUGGAGACAGUCACUGGCUGUAUUAGUACAGGAAAAGAAUCUGUUGUCUUUCAUGCCUAUGGAGGGAGCCUGGAGGAGGACAAGGAAGAUGGUAGAGCUGUACCAACCGAAUGUGCCAUCAAGGUAUUUAAAACAACCCUGAAUGAGUUUAAGAACCGUGACAAAUACAUUAAAGAUGAUUUCAGGUUUAAGGACCGCUUCAGUAAACUAAAUCCACGUAAGAUCAUCCGCAUGUGGGCAGAGAAAGAAAUGCACAAUCUUACAAGAAUGCAGAAGGCUGGAAUUCCUUGUCCAACAGUUGUACUGCUUAAGAAGCACAUUUUAGUAAUGUCUUUCAUUGGCCAUGAUCAAGUUCCAGCCCCUAAAUUGAAAGAAGUAAAGCUUAGUAGUGAAGAGAUGAAGGACGCCUACCAUCAGACUCUGCAUUUGAUGCAGCAAUUAUAUAAUGAGUGUAACCUUGUGCAUGCUGAUCUCAGCGAGUAUAACAUGUUGUGGCAUGCUGGAAAGGUCUGGUUGAUUGACGUCAGUCAGUCUGUAGAACCAACCCAUCCUCACGGCCUGGAGUUCUUAUUCCGUGACUGUAGGAAUGUUUCACAGUUUUUCCAGAAAGGAGGAGUAAAGGAAGCCCUUAAUGAGCGGGAACUCUUCAAUGCUGUUUCUGGCUUGAACAUCUCAGCAGACAACGAAGCUGAUUUCUUAGCUGAGAUAGAAGCUUUGGAGAAAAUGAAUGAAGAUCACGUUCAGAAGAACGGGAGGAAAGCAGCCUCGUUUCUGAAAGAUGAUGGAGGUCCGCCUGUGCUGUCUGCAGAAUAGCGCCAGUACCACUGCCCUCUGCCAACAGCAGCGAUCGCCAGCUGCCGACAGCCAGCGAGUGUGGCUGACUUACACACCAAAGCAGGAGUGGACAGUGCUGCUCCUGUGCGUCCCACUUGUUACCCACGUGCCAGACGUGUGGAAUUUUUAACUCGGCAUUGAAAGAAUAAAAUGUCACUACCUCUCAUCUCACGAAAA